CGCACCGCACCGCGCCGCUCCUGUUCGUUCCGCCGUUUUGACGUUCGCUAGCGUUACUCUAAACGAUGACACAGUACAAAGUGCGAACGGCGUCUCCGAUCGUUGAAUAACAUCUGGGGACCUGUUAGCCUAGCCAGCUUAGCCUCGUAAUUCGAACGGAGCGAGGGAGAAACGCGCUGCUGACAUGAUGUUUCCCCAAUCCAGGCACUCGUCGUCCUCUCAGUCCAGUCAAGCUCUCAAGUUCACCACUUCUGACUCCUGCGACCGCAUCAAGGAUGAGUUUCAGUUCCUUCAAGCGCAGUAUCACAGUUUGAAGUUGGAGUGUGAUAAACUGGCAUCUGAGAAGUCCGAGAUGCAGCGCCAUUAUAUCAUGUACUAUGAAAUGUCAUAUGGACUUAACAUUGAAAUGCACAAACAGGCUGAAAUAGUAAAGAGACUGAAUGGGAUCUGUGCUCAGGUGCUGCCUUACCUGUCAAAGGAGCAUCAGCAGCAGGUCAUGGGUGCCAUAGAGAGCGCCAAGCAGGUCACGCUUCCUGACAUGAACUCCAUUAUACGGCAACAACUCCAAGUACAACACCUGUCCCAGCUUCAGGGCCUGGCCCUGCCUGUGGCCCCUCUGCCCCUGGGCCUCACUCCUCCCAGCCUGCCCGCCGUCUCCUCCAGCUCCGGCCUGCUCUCCCUCUCCUCCAUCAUGGCCAACUACUCCCACGGCCAGGCGCAAGUGGUGAAGGACGACAAGGCCCGAGACGCCGCUGAGAGAGCGCCCAGAGGGGAGGAUGGGGACAAGUCAGACUAGUGCAGAUACAGCGAGGUGGUUUGGAGGGGAAACCUGUUAAUGUAACCGGAGACUGAGAUGGGUCUGUCUGCCUUCUGCAGGGAUGAUCAUGAUGAUGAGCAAGGGGGUUUUGGAUGAGCACAGAAUGAAACCGCUGAUUGGCAGAGUGAGAAAAAGUGUUCUUAACAUUUAGAGGUAAUAGACAAAGUUCAGGCUUGUAGACUUUAAAUGUUUUUUAUUAAAUGUAAGCCACUGUUGAGCCGAGGAGAAAUACUACUGUAACAGCAGCCUCCCUUAUGUGGGUCUGUCUGUCACAGGUUAAUUUUUUUACUUUCUGUUGUGUAAAAGAUUAAUUUCCAAUGUAUUUUUUUUUAAUCAUCUUUAGUCCGUCCAAUUGUUUUACUGAACACCGAUAACAUUAAAUUAUGAACUUUUUUCCAGAAUGGAAAACACAUUGGAUACUGUUUAUUGAUGUACGUGGGAGCCAAAUUUAUAUCUUGUCUGAUGUAAAAUGGGAUGUUUUAAAGGGACGUCUCACUUUUCAGGUGCACUAAAACAUUUAUAAGCCCCACUCACCUGCUGUCUGACACUCUUUAAACGCCCUCUCAUUACUCUAGCUGGUUACCUCACCCCCAACCAGAUGUUUUCCCCACCCUCCCUUUCUCUCUGCUCCUAAAGUCUUACAUUUGAACAGGAUCUAAACUUUACAAGCCUUUUUUGUCUUCAUUGUUUUUUAGUUUGUAACAAGUGAUUCUGCCUUUUCUGUGUUUCAGCCAUUUCUGGGUAGAAUCCCGUCAGUUACUCGAGUUGUGCAAAUGAUAAUUUGGUACAAACAGAACAAUGCCCCAGCUCUGUGCUACAUGCUGUCUACUUAUCUGGAUUGCAAUCGUGUUUAAAUUCAAGAAACAUUGUUUGUUUGACUUUUCACAUUCCAUCCUAGCACAACAGGGAAAAAAAUGAAAAUCUGGUUUGAGUUCAAGACUAUUAUUGCUAAGUGCUAUUAAGCAAAAACCUUUAGUAAUGUAGAUCGUUACAACAUUUGUUUAACUGACUUCACCUUUACAGUAUAAAGCAACAGUGAAGUGGUGACGCUAAGAAAGAAGUAGGAAAUUGCUUUCCAUUUACACACAGUUUAAGUAUUUCACAGACGUCUCUGGCAGCUAAUUCCAGUGAGAUGGCAGCUAGUGGCGACGUUGCCGCUGUCUGUAGAUAUAAUUAGCCCCACAUCUUGGAUCGUGUCACUAUUGCAGCAUGAACAGGGCCCAAUAAUGACCAAAAGACAGUAGACCAUUGGUAAAAGAAUGAUGAUGCUAUUUCAUGAGUCUAACACCUUAGACUAAUGUAAUGUGAGAUUUCGUUUUGCAGGAACUCAGCUAAUUAGUGUGUAGUUUGGCUCUGGGCUUUGGUUUGAUCAUGAUGAUGAUGGACCAGCUGUGAAACAGCUCCAAGACCUUAACCUGACAAAACAAUACAACUACUACUGGUGUUGUUGGAAACACGUUUUAUUUUGUAGCUUAAAUAUCCAGUCGAAUUGUUGAAAUGUGUUUUAUGUUUGUUCCAACUGUAAAGACGAUGCUAUAAUACUGUGUAAAUAGCGUGGGUUAUGAUGACGUGGAGCGAGCACACGGCUAAUGGUUCACGGGAUGCAGCAGAGGGCAGCAGUCCUCUCUCCAUGCUACCAGGACUGACACAUAGGCACCUGAUGGCUCAGUGUGUUGGCGCUGGGAGAGCUUUGACUGAGCACAUCUGAGAUUAGAGCCCAUUUUGUUCUAGGACGCUUUGGCUAAAUGUAAAACUUAAGUUUGUCGCGACCUGUGCUGAAGAGUUUCCCACCCUGAGGAUUCGACUUCAUUAUACUGAGUGGGAGCACUCUCUAUACUGACGUCGGUCUAUGUAGAAACCCGCCUUUAGCAAACUAUGAAUGGUGUGUGUGUUUUUGGUGUGAAGGGCCAAUUUGUAUACAUAAUGAAUAUAUCAAUAUACAUAUUUUUAAAGCAUUUUUGUAUGUUUCAAAGCUGCUUUUUAACGUGUGUAUCAUGGAAGACUUUAAUGUUGUACGUGUGCAUUACCGGCCUACAGUUGAGAGGCACAAUGUUGUAAACCACAUUGUCUUGCCUGUUUUUGUUUGUUUUUCUCUCUCUCUCUCUCUCUCUCUCUCGCAUUCUUUAAAUAGGCAGUAACGAACUUUUAGCAGUAAGGAAGCUUCUCUGGUGCCUUACAAAUAAAAGACGUGAGUGAGA